UUGCUGAAACGUUCUGGACCGAGGACAGUCCGGGGGGCCUGUCGGAUACCGGGCCCUUGGGCCCAGGAGCCCGGACACUUUGCUCUGGGUAAACGGAGAGGGGAACGGAGAGGUGCCCAAAGGGUGCUCCAGGCGACAGGCAGGAAACAGAUCUAUUAAAGUUCAUCAGAACAGAAAGAUGGAUUUAUCUGCAGUUUCUGUUCAAGAAGUACAAAAUGUCCUUAAUGCUAUGCAGAAAAUCUUAGAGUGUCCAAUCUGCCUGGAGUUGAUCAAAGAACCGGUUUCCACAAAGUGUGACCACAUAUUUUGCAAAGUUUGCAUGCUGAAACUUCUCAACCAAAAGAAAGGGCCUUCACAAUGUCCUUUAUGUAAGAAGGAUAUAACCAAAAGAAGCCUACAAGAAAGUACAAGGUUUAGUCAACUUGUUGAAGAACUAUUGAACAUCACUCAUGCUUUUGAGCUUGACACAGGAUUGCAGUUUGCAAACAGUUAUAAUUUUGCGAAAAAGGGAAAUAACUCUCCUGAACAACUAAAGGAGGAAGUAUCUAUCGUCCAAAGUAUGGGCUACAGAAACCGUGCCAAAAGAUUUCGACAGAGUCAACCUGAAAAUCCUACCUUGCAGGAAACCAGUCUCAGUGUCCAACUCUCUAACCUUGGAAUUGUGAGAUCUCUGAGGACAAAGCAGCAGAUAAAACCUCAGACUAACUCUGUCUACAUUGAAUUGGGAUCUGAUUCUUCUGAAGAUACAGCUAAUAAGGCAAGUUACUGGAGCGUGGGAGACCAAGAGUUGUUACAAAUCACCCCUCAAGGAGCCAGGGCUAAAACCAGUUUGGAUUCUGCAAAAAACGCUGCUUGUGCGUUUUCUGAGAAGGACAUAACAAGUAUUGAACAUCAUCAAGCCAGUAAUAAUGAUCUGAACACCAUUAAGAACCAUGCAACUGAGGUGCAUCCAGAAAAGUAUCAGGGUAGUUCUGUUUCAAACUUGCAUGUGGAGCCAUGUGGCAAAAAUACUCAUUCCAACUCAUUACAGCAUGAGAACAGCAGUUUAUUACUCACUAAAGACAGAAUGAAUGUAGAAAAGGCUGAAUUCUGUAAUAAAAGCAAACAGCCUGGCUUAGCAAGGAGCCAACAGAGCAGAUGGGCUCAAAGUAAGGAAACAUGUAAUGAUAGGCAGGCUCCCAACACUGAGAAAAAGGUAGAUCUGAGUACUGCUCCCCCAUAUGGGAGAAAAGAAUGGAAUAAGCAGAAACCUCCAUGCUCUGAGAGUCCUAGAGAUACCCAAGAUGUUCCUUGGAUAACACUAAAUAGCAGCAUUCAGAAAGUUAAUGAGUGGUUUUCCAGAAGUAAUGAAGUGUUACCUGCUGAUGACUCACAUGAUGGGGGGUCUGAAUCACAUGCUGAAGUAGCUGGUACAUUAGAUGUUCAAAAUGAAGUAGAUGAAUAUUCCACUUCUUCAAAGAAAAUAGUCUUAAUGGCUAGUGAUUCUCUUGAUCCUAUAAUACGUAAAAGUGAAAGAGUUCACUCCAAACCAGUAGAGAGUAAAAUCGAAGAUAAAAUAUUUGGGAAAACCUAUCGGAGGAAGGCAAGCCUCCCUAACUGUAGCCAUGUAACUGAAAAUCUAAUUAUAGGAACAGUUGCUGCUGAGCCACAGAUAACACAAGAGCAUCCCCUCACAAAUAAAUUAAAGCGUAAAAGGAGAACUACAUCAGGCCUUCGUCCUGAGGAUUUUAUCAAGAAAGCAGAUUUGGCAGUUAUUCAAAAGACACCUGAAAAGAGAAAUCAGGAAACUAACCAAAUGGAGCAGAAUGGUCAAGUGAUGAAUGUUACUAAUAGUGGUUAUGAGAAUGAAACAAAAGGUAAUUAUGUUCAGAAAGAAAAAAAUCCUAACCCAACAGAAUCAUUGGAAAAAGAAUCUUCUUUCAGAACUAAAGCCGAACCUAUAAGCAGCAGUAUAAGUAAUAUGGAGAUAGAAUUAAAUAUCCACAAUUCAAAAGCACCUAAAAAGAAUAGGCUGAGGAGGAAGCAUUCUAGCAGGCAUAUUCAUGCACUUGAACUAGUAGUCAAUAAAAAUCCAAGCCCACCUAAUCGUGAUGAACUACAAAUUGAUAGUUGUUCUAGCAUUGAAGAGAUAAAGCAAAAAAAUUCUGAACAAAUGCCAGUCAGGCACAGCAGAAAGCUUCUACUUGUGGAAGAUAAAGAACACACAACUGGAGCCAAGAAGAGUAACAAGCCAAAUGAGCAAAUAAGUAAAAGACAUGCCAAUGAUACUAACUGUUCAAGUUCUAAUAAACUUCAAGAAUUUGUCAAUCCUAGCCUUCAAACAGGAAAAACAGAAGAGAGCUUAGAAACAAUUCUGGCAUCUAAUAGCAUCAAAGACCCCAAAGAUCUGGUGUCAAGUGGAGAAAGAUCUCUAGAGAGUACCACUAUUUCACUGGUACCUGAUACUGAUUAUGGCACUCAGAACAGUAUCUCGUUACUGGAAGUUAACACCCUAGAGAAGGCAAAAACAGCACCAAAACGAGUGAGUCAGUGUGCAGCCAUUGAAAACCCCAAGGAACUAAUCCAUGGUUGUUCUAAAGAUGCUAGAAAUGACACAGAGGGCAUUAAGGAUCCAUUGAGACGUAAAGUUAACCACAUUCAGGAGCCAAGCAUAGAAAUGGAAGACAGUGAACUUGAUACUCAGUAUUUACAGAAUACAUUCAAGGUUUCAAAGCGUCAGUCAUUUGCUCUGUUGCCAAAUCCAGGAAAUCCAGAAAAGGAAUGUGCAACGGUCUGUGCCCACUCUAGGUCCUUAAGGAAACAAAGUCCAAAAGUCACUCUUGAAUGUGAACAAAAAGAAAAUCAAGAAAAGAAAGAAUCUCAAAUCAAGCAUGAACAGACAAUUAGUACCACUGCAGGCUUUUCUGUAGUUUGUCAGAAAGAUAAGAAGCCAGAUGAUUAUGCCAAAUGUAGCAUUAGAGAAGUCUCUAGGUUUUGUCUGUCAUCUCGGUUCAGAGGCAAUGAAAAUGAACUCAUUACUGAAAAUAAACAUGAUAUUUUACAAAACCCCUAUCAUAUACCAUCACUUUCUCCCAUCAGGCCAUUUUUUAAAACUAAAUGUAAGACAAACCUGUCAGAGGAAAGGUCUGAAGAACAUUCAGUGUCACCUGAAAGAGCAUUAGGAAGUGAGAACAUUCCAAAUACAGUGAGUACAAUUAGCCAAAAUAACAUUAGAGAAAGUGCUUUUAAAGAAGCCAGCUCAAGCAGUGUUAAUGAAGUAGGUCCUAGUACUAAUGAAGGAAGCUCCAGCACUAAUGAAGUAGGUUCCAGUGGUGAAAACAUUCAAGCAGAACUAGGUAAAAACAGAGGACCUAGAUUGAAUGCUGUGCUUAGAUUAGGUCUUAUGCAACCUGAAGUCUAUAAGGAAAGUCUUCCUGUAAGUAAUUAUAAACAUCCUGAAAUAAAAAGGCAAGAAGAAAAUGAAGGGGUAGUUCAGACUGUUAAUACAGAUUUUUCUCCAUGUCUAAUUUCAGAUAACCUAGAGCAGCCUAUGGGAAGUUGUCAUGCUUCUCAGGUUUGUUCUGAGACACCUGAUGACCUCUUAGAUGAUGAUGAAAUAAAGGACAAUAUCAGCUUUGCUGAAAACGGUGUUAACGAAAGAUCUGCUGUUUUUAGCAAAAAUGUCCAGAGAGGAGAGUUGAGCAGGAGCCCUAGCCCAUUAGCCCAUACAUGUUUGGCUCAGGCUCACCAAAGAGAGGCCAGGAAAUUAAAGUCCUCAGAAGAGAACAUAUCUAGUGAGGAUGAAGAACUUCCCUGCUUCCAACACUUAUUAUUUGGUAAAGUAACCAAUAUGCCUUCUCAAUCUAUCAGACAAAGCACUGUUGCCACUGAAUGUCUGUCUAAGAAAACAGAGGAGAACCUAGUAUCUCUGAAGAAUAGCUUAAAUGACUGCAGUAACCAGGUAAUGUUGGCAAGGGCAUCCCAGGAACAUCACCUUAGUGAGGCAGCAAAAUGUUCUAGUAGCUUGUUUUCUUCACAGUGCAGUCCAUUGGAAGACUUGACUGCAAAUAGAAACACCCAGGAUCCCUUCCUGAUGUUUGAUCCUCCUUCCAAACAAAUGAGGGAUCAGUAUGAAAACCAGGAAGUUGUUCUGAGUGACCAGGAAUUGGUUUCAGAUGAUGAAGAAAGGGAACCUAGCCUGGAAGAAGAUAAUCAUCAAGAAGAGCAAAGUGUGGAUUCAAACUUAGGUGAAGCAGCAUCUGGGUAUCAGAGUGAAACAAGCUUCUCUGAAGACUGUUCAGGACUGUCCUCUCAGAGCGAUAUUUUAACCACUCAGCAGAGGGAUACCAUGCAAGAUAACCUGAUAAAGCUCCAGCAAGAAAUGGCCGAACUGGAAGCUGUGUUAGAGCAGCAUGGGAGCCAGCCUUCUAACAGCUCCCCUUCCCUCAUAGCUGACUCUUGUGCCCCUGACGACCUAAGUCUGGAACAAAACACAUCAGAAAAAGCAGUAUUAACUCCACAGAAAAGUAGUGAGUAUCCUGUAAGCCAGAAUCCAGAAAGCCUUUCUGCUGACAAGUUCCAAAUGUCUCCAUAUAGUUCUAUCAGUAAAAAUAAAGAACCAAGAUCAGAAAGGUCUUCCCUUUCUAAGCUCCAGUCCUCGGAUAAUAGGUGGUACAUGCACAGCCACUCUGGCAGUCUUGAGAACGGAAACUGCCUGUCUCAGGAGGAACUCGUUAAGGUUGUUGAUGUGGAGGAGCAACAACUGGAAAAGUCUGAGCCACAUGAUUUAAUGGAGCAGUCUUCUUUGCCAAGGCAAGAUCUAGAGGGAAGCCCUUGCCUGGAAUCCGGAGUCUGCCUCUUCUCUGAUGACCCUGAAUCUGAUCCUUCAGAAGACAAAGCCCCAGACUUGGCUCAUAUUUGCAGCAUGCCAGCUUCAACUUCUGUAUUGAAAUUACCCCAAUUUCAAGUUGCAGAUUCUGACAUGAGUCCAGCUGCUACUCAUAAUACUGAGACUGUGAGGGAAGAAAGUAUGAACAGAGAGAAGCCAGAAUUGACAUCCUCAACAGGAAGGGUCAACAAAAGAAUAUCCAUGGUGGUAUCAGGCUUGACCCCAAAAGAAUCUAUGCUUGUGCACAAGUUUGCCACAGAACACAACAUCACUUUAACGAAUGUAAUUACUGAAGAGACUACUCAUGUUGUUAUGAAAACAGAUGCUGAGUUUGUGUGUGAACGGACACUGAAAUAUUUUCUGGGAAUUGCAGGAGGAAAAUGGAUAGUUAGCUAUUUCUGGGUGACCCAGUCAAUUGAAGAAAAAAAGAUGCUGGAUGAGCAUGAUUUUGAAGUCAGAGGAGAUGUGAUCAAUGGAAGAAACCACCAAGGUCCAAAGCGAGCAAGAGAAUCCCAGGACAGAAAGAUCUUCAGAGGCCUGGAAAUCUGUUGCUAUGGGCGCUUUACCAACAUGUCCAUAGAUCAACUGGAGUGGAUGGUGCAGCUGUGUGGGGCUACUGUGGUGAAGAAGCUGUCAUCAUUCACCCUUGGCACAGGUGUUCACCCAGUUGUGGUCGUGCAGCCAGAUGCCUGGACAGAGGACGAUGGCUUUCAUGCAAUUGGGCAGAUGUGUGAAGCACCUGUGGUGACCCGAGAGUGGGUGUUAGACAGCGUAGCACUGUACCAGUGCCAGGAGCUGGACACCUACCUGAUACCUCAGAUCCCCACAGCCGCUGCUGAUUGUAGUCAGCCACGUGUAUAGCGCCACAGGGCCCUAAGAAUGAGCUUCCAGGCCCUGGGAGCUCCUCUCACUCUUCAGUCCUUCCGUAGUCCUGGUUGCUAAAUAUUUGAUGUGUAUCAGUCUGAAAAGAACUUCUGGCUACGCAAGGGUCCCUUAAAGAUUUUUUGCUUCAGAUCUCCCUCUGAAAUCUGCCAAGAGCACAAAAUUGUAGUAAUUUUUCACCUGAGAAGAUUUUAAAACCAUUUAAACCCUACCAAUUGAGCAAGAUGCUGAUUCAUUAUUUAUCAGCCCUAUUCCUCCUACCAGGGCUGUUGGCACAGAGAGUGGCUUGGCCUCAAGAGAAUAGCUAGUUUCCCUAAGUUUGUUUCUCUAAAGCCCUAUGUUCACAAAGGCCAAGAGUCAGACCCUUCUGUGGAAGGAGUGCUUGGGAUCUGUUAUGUGACUUAGAACAGUCCUUGGGCAACUCUCACAUGUUGGAGUGGAGCACUAGGGAGAAAAUUCAGAGGCAGGUAGUGGAUGUGAACAUGAAACUUGAGAUUAAUUAGAAGAGAUCUCCAAAAGUCUGGGCUAUAGUUGCUGGAUGUCUAAAAAACAUGCUCUGAAACAGCAGAAUAUAUUCAAGAACUGGUAUGCAGAAAGAGUCUUCUAAAUUCCCCGUUAGUAAUAAAUAAAAUGUUUAUUGUUGUAGCUCUGGUAUAUAACCCAUUCCUCUUAAAAUAUAAGAUCUCUGGUAUGAAUAUUUCAUGUCUAUAAAAUGACUGAUCCCACCAGGAAAGGAGCUGUUGCUUUCUUUGAGGUAAUUUUUUUCCCUUUGCUCCCUAUUGCUGAACCGUACAGCUUCAUGAAUAAUUUUGCUUGCUGAAGGAAGAAAAAGUGUUUUAUAUAAACUCAUUUUCCAGGAUUGUUUAUAGCUAUUGGAAGGACUAGGUCUUCCCCACCCCCCAGUGUGUAAGGGCAGUACAGACUUGAUUGUACAAAAUAUGUUUUGUAAAUGUUGUGCUGUUAACACUGCAAAUAAACUUGGUAGCAAACACUUCCACCAA